CCCAGGAAAACCAAAAUGGAGCUGCAGCACAACACCAAUCACAACCAAGCCUUGUGGAAAGAGAUACCGUGGGAUUUCGCAGAGGACUGCUCGCUCUCCGUGAGUGGCACCACGUUUCUCAUCAUCGCUUACAGUGCACUUAUGGCAGUGGGUCUCAUCGGGAACUCUUGCCUGGUGUUUGUCAUCACACGGCACAAGGAAAUGCGCAACGUCACCAACAUCUUCAUCACCAACCUGUCUUGUUCCGACAUCCUCAUGUGCAUCGUAUGCCUGCCGGUCACCAUUAUCUACACACUGAUGGAUCAUUGGAUCCUAGGAGAAGUCCUCUGUAAGCUCACGCCCUUUAUCCAGUGUAUAUCAGUUACCGUCUCCAUCUUCUCCCUCGUCCUCAUCGCCAUGGAGCGCUACCAGCUCAUUGUCCACCCGACUGGAUGGAAGCCCAUGGUGGGCCAGUCUUACUUGGCCGUGGUUGUCACCUGGAUCGUGGCCUGUCUAAUCUCGGUGCCUUUCCUCUCGUACAACGUACUCGCCUUGCCUUUCCAGAACCUCAGCAUGCCCUUCCCAAUCAACGACCACCCCUUUUGUAUAGAGCUGUGGCCAUCGGUGCAAGAACGACGAGUCUACACCACCUUCCUGCUCGUCUUCCAGUACUUCCUUCCUCUCGCCCUCAUCAUGCUCUGCUACCUGCACAUCUACCUGCGCCUCAGGAGGAGGAAGGACAUGGUGGAGCGCGGCAGGAACACCACUCAGAAGAAAAACAAAGGCGCCACGAGGAUCAACGCCAUGUUGUUCUCUAUAGUGGUGGCAUUCGCACUCUCCUGGCUUCCCCUCAAUAUCUUCAACACAGUAUUUGAUUGGAACCACGAGGCCAUCCCGUCCUGUGGCCACGACAUCAUCUUCUCGUUCUGCCACCUCACGGCCAUGGCCUCCACCUGCGUCAACCCCAUCAUCUAUGGUUUCCUCAACAGCAACUUUCAGAAACAGCUCAAGUCCACCCUGUUGCGCUGUCGCUGCUGGGGGGUGACAGAGCGGUAUGAGAGUGUCCCGCUCUCCACUGUCAGCACGGAGGUCACCAAGGGGUCCAUCUUGAGCAAUGGAUCUAUCAGCAUCAAUACCUAG